ACUAAAAAAAGUGUGUAAAUUGUGGACCAAUAGUGUGACUACAAGUGAAACGUUGGCUCCAAUGUAUAGACCAUUGCAUUCAAACAACACAUGUAUUGUGUAUGACAUGACAUGACUUGCCUUUUGUGCUCUCAUUUCAAACUAUUAGUCAAAAUAACUGUAGUAUUAGUUAAUAAACAAUAAUAAACCAUUAAUUUAGUUAUUAUUUGUUUGUUUAUAUUAUAAAUAAUAAUACAAACAAAUAUUGUUUUUUGUUGAUUAUAACUGUGUGGCCAUUGACUAGAAAUUGAAUGUAUUUGUAGACUAAAAAAUCAGCCGAAGAUUGAACUCUAAAAAACAAGAAGUGAGACAAACAAACAUUGAUUAUAAAUAAGGAUUAGUUGUCCAAUGAGUAGCCAAAAGUUGUCACCAAAAUUGAUAGAACAGCUCGAAAAAGACGAGAAAAUCAAAGACGCGUUCAGACUAUUUGCCGCUCGUAUUGUCAACAACUCGAAGGUUUCGUCGCUCACGAUGUCUGAGAUAGUGAACAAUAUGUCAGAUAGUAGUUCUGAUGAUGACUUCUCUGAUAAUGAAUGCGAAGAUUUAGUCGAUGAUGAAGAUGACGAUGAGUCGGAAAGUGAAGACAAAUCAGCAAUUGAUAAGAUUGAGGCCAAACAUAAACACUCGAUGGUUGGAUGCAAAUGCAAACUAAAAGAGUUGACAAAUAAUAAUAAAAAUAAUAAUAAGAAAUCAACUAAUGAUAAAUCCCCGACUAAGUCAAAGUCUAGUAAAGACAAUACAAAACAUUUGAUUGAAAAUACCGGUCGACAGACAAGUGAGGCCUGUAUUUGUGAGGAUUGUCUUCAAAUGGCGACACAGCGCAAGAAAUCUGAUGAAAUGGCCGUUAAAUUGAUUGCCGACGAAGAGAAGAAAAAGAAAAAGUCAGAAAAGAAAAAAUUACAGAAAAAGAAGAAAAGAGAGAAAAGAAAGGCUGAAAAACAAGAGUUAGGUCUUAAUAGUGGUGUUAAUAACAAUAAUAUAAAUGUUAAUAAAACUAUACAAAAUAGUUUGAGUAAUAAUAAUAAUAAUAAUAAUAAUAUAAAUAAUAAAAACAAUACUAAUAAUAAUAGCAAAAGUGAUAAUAUUAGCAAUAAAAUGGAUAUAAAACAAAAGUGUACUUCAAAACAAAAUACAGAUAUUGUGAACGAGAAAAUGACAAAUAAAAUUAAGCAAAAUAAUGGCAAUAAAUCAUCGGAUAAUAAGUCUAACAAUAGUUGCAAAUCUGAAAAAGAUAACGACUCAGUGGAUGAGUCCAGUGUUGAGGAAGAAGAACUUAUUUUCAGUAGCGCUUAUGUCUCACAAAUAGCUCAAAGAAAGUCGAAACCACUAUAUAAUACACAAAAAACAGCUCAAACUAUACCACAAAGUGAUAUACCAAUUGUUGGUCACAUAUCUGACGAUAACAUUAAUAGCCUUGAAAAUAGUAAUACCGAUUCUUGUUCGGAUCAAUUCGAUGAUAUCUACUUUAAAAAUGCAUAUUUGGACGAAAAAAAUUGGGAGGACCGGUAUCUAUCAAAUAAUAAUAAUAAUUCGGAUAAUAACACGAGUUUUACCGGUAAUACAAAUCAAAAUAAACGUGAAGAUGAAGAGCCAAAAUAUAAGCAAUACUUUUAUGACGGACACAAACAAAAGUCAACGAAAGUGACAACCGCUCAAAACCUAACUAAAGAAGUGAAGACACAAAACAAAGAGAAAAGCAUAGAGUUUGCCAUUUUGGCCAAUCAGAAGGCAGAAUCUAAUUGUUUUAGUGAAGCCAUUGAACUUUUUAAUAAAGCUGUCAGUAAUAAUCCCAAUGAUUAUCGAUUUUAUGUCAACCGAUCGUAUUGUUACGAUAGUAUACAAGACUUUAGAAAUGCUUUGAAAGACGCCGACACUGCCAUUCAAUUGAAGCCAAAUUGGCCUAAAUGUCACUAUAGAAGAGGUAAAGCUUUGGCCGGACUUAAGAACUAUCAGGAGGCAGAAGUAUCACUGAAAAAAGUACUAACAAUGGAAACGGAUUGCGAUGAAGCCCUCUCUGAGCUCUAUCACGUCCGAUACGGUGCUAUUGUAGACAUGGGAUACGACACGUCUAUGGCUAAUGAGUAUUCACAUAAAUACGAGUCAAUCAAAGAGGCGUUAACUGCUCUUUCUAUUAGAGGAAAUGACCAAAAGUUUUCAAAUAAUAAUAAUAAUAAUAAUUUUUCUAAAAAACUAAAUUCUUCAACUGAUAAUUGGAUCCGUAGACCAAGUAAUAGUGAACAAAAAAAUGGUGAAAUUUGGGCCGACGAUGACAUAUAUAUUUCCGAUGAUGAGUGGAGUCAAGUCAAAGAAAUGACUGCAGAAGACACUUCGCCAACAAAUCCUUUUGGGUGGAAAGCAUUAUGGGUGGGAAAUGUAGCCCCAAAUGCACAGUUGGAUACCGUGACCAAUAUGUUUCGCAAGUUUGGAAAUCUACACUACUGUAACAUCUUUAAGGGUACUAAUGGCGGAAAUUUUAUACUCGCCCACUACGACAACGCUGAAUCACCGCGAAAAGCUAUGAUGAAGUAUCAGGGAAAAUGCAUUCCUGGUGUCAGUAUAACAGAUAGUCCGCUAACAAUAAGAUUUCGUCCAAAUAAGGAUCAAAAGAAACCUAAUUAUGAUCAGAGAUUGGAAUCGGAUGAGUGUUACUAUUGGCGUACCACUGGCUGUGCUCGUGGAGAUAAAUGUCUAUAUAAGCACAUACCUGCUAAUAGAGGUGUCGACAAACAGGCCUGGAUGUGUAAUCCAUUGAAAAAAGGUUUACAACCCAUACAAAAGUCACAAAAGUGAAAAGUGAUGGUUUGUCCACAUUUUCCGUUAAAUAAAAUACAUAUAAUAAU